GCCUUCAUCAUCAUGCCUAGCCUCGACAAAAUGUCAGGAACAGAGAUCCUGUCCGUCGGAAAGAAGAUGUUUUAUGGAGGAUUUGCAUUCUUACCUUUACUCUGGCUCGUUAAUGUCAUCUAUUUGUGGCCAACACUCAAGAGAACAGAUGUUCCAGCUCAACUUCGAAGAUAUCUUAUAUACUCCAUUUUAGGCUGCUUGGCAUGGUUUAUCAUUACAACGACUUGGUAUGCUUUGUUCGUCAACAAGCGGGUAACCUGGGGUGCAACUGCAGACCGUAUCACCGUCGUCAUACCUAAAGGUGUAUAAACCUCAUUACGAAAGUCAUAAACUACCGAAAUUAUUCAUGUUUGCGUAGCUCACUUAUACCCUCACAUUGACAUACACAUCGCCAAUAAUUGAUACCCAAGCAUUUCUCUACACUGCUCUACAAAAAAGUAAUAUUUGAUAA